UGCCAACUCAGUGCACUGGUGAUUAAUUGUCGGGCUGGCAGUAAACAAAAAACAAUUACGAUUAUUAAAAAUAUUUAUGCGGUGGCAUUCAAUCCACCGUAAAAGAGGAUGAGCAAUCUAAAGCAGGAUCUGGACGAGUAUUUGCUGCUGCAGAGCGAUCAGAAGAAGAAUUUUAAUGUGAAGCUGCCACAGAUAAAGGUGCCCGGCUUGUCGCAAAUCUUUUCGCGCACAUCUGACCCACCAGAGGCAAACAGUUGGCUAAAGGAUACACAAGACUCAUGCUGCCCCAAGCUGUCCCGAUUGCAGCGCAUUGUUGGCUUUGUCGCCUGUCUGGGCAUGGGCUGCCUGUGCAUGACGCUGUCCACGUUGUAUAUUCCGGUGCUGAUGCUGAAGCCAAAGUUUGCACUGCUCUUCACAUUGGGCAGCCUGUUCUUCAUCAUAAGCUUUUGCUUUCUGAUCGGCUUUCAGGCGUUCUUCAAGCAAAUGUUCUCCAAGCCGCGACUGCUCACAUCCAUCUCAUACAGUGCCUGCCUAACGAUAACGCUUUACUUUGCUCUGGUGGCCAAGAGCACGGCAUUUACGGUCCUAUUCGCGGUGGCCCAGAUCAUAACGUUGCUGUUCAUGCUGCUGGGCAUGGUGCCCGGUGGCGCCACAGGUCUCAAGUUCUUUGGCCAGCUGUUUAAGAGCAGCGUCUCAAGCUCGUCCAGUGCGCUGCCCGUUUAGGACUGUUCUGGGACACAUCAUGAUAUGACCAUUUCAAAUUAUACAAAGUAUUUAUUAAUCGUUAUAAUAAUGCAGAAAUAAAAACUUAUUUGUGAUAA